AUGUUGGAUAACUCCGCCAUUAGGACAUUUUCCGAACAAACUCAACAACUCUUUGAAAUAAUUGGCCCUAAGGCUGCCGACUUUGUCAAACAAAAAGCUGAUACUGAAAUUCUUCUGAAAAAUCAAUAUAAAACACAAGAAGAAUUCGCCACCGAACUAGCUCAUUUGCAAGGAGAAUUCGAACGUUUCAGCCAUCUGAUACACGCCACUGACAAACAAAUAAGUGGAACGGAGAAAGCAUUGGAAGAUGCAAAGCGUCGAACUGAAGAGAUGGCCACUCUCAAUGCAGAAGUCGAGCGAACAAUAACAUCUAUUCCAACUUCUAUUCCACAAAUUGUCUAUACGACAACUCACAAUAGUAGUGGAUGGUGGCUCUGGGGAAAAUCCUCUUCUACCACAGUAGCAAAUACCAUAAUGGUACAUGAUCAAGCUAUUCAUUUUUCAUCGCUUUUCAUUCUUGGAUAG